AUGCCUUUCUUUCACGAUGGUGAGCUUUAUGAGUCCUUUGCUGACAAUCCCUCAAGCCUAGAAGGCCGAUUACUGUUUGCAGUGCCAAAGAAGGGCCGACUUCUGCAGGCUGCACUCAAUCUACUUGAAGGCGCAGACAUUCAGUUUAGAAGAGAAUCACGACUCGACAUCGCCCUCGUCAAGAACUUGCCAAUCGCCCUUGUCUUCCUCCCAGCCGCCGAUAUUCCCACUUUUGUUGGAGAAGGUCGAGUAAGUCUUGGUAUUACCGGACGUGACACAGUUGCAGAACAUGCCGCAUUAGUCGAGUCAUCGAGGAGGGAACGAGCCGAAUCUGGCAAAUCAACACCAGUCGAAGAUGAUGGACAAAUGGGUUGCGAGGAAGUGAUGGACUUAGGAUUUGGCUCUUGCAAAUUGCAAGUCCAGGUGCCUGAGAAGGGUCAAUACGUAAAGCCAUCUGACUUGAUUGGAAAGAAUAUUGGUACAAGUUUCGUCCACUUGGCCGAAGAUUAUUUUGCCGCUUUGGAGACCGAAGCAGCCGCAUCCGCUGAAGAGACGAAUAGCAAACACUCAAGGCGCAAGUUAAAGACCAAGAUUAUUGAACUUAGUGGAAGUGUCGAAGCUGCAUGUGCUCUAGGUGUAGCUGAUGGUAUUGUUGAUCUUGUUGAAUCCGGAGAGACCAUGAAAGCUGCAGGUCUCAAGGCGAUUGAUACAGUUGUGUCAAGUACGGCUAUUUUGGUCAAGUCAAAGAACCUAUCAAACCCACAGCUAGUUGAUCUGAUUGCUUCGAGAAUCCGGGGUGUUAUCACCGCACAAAAAUACGUUCUCUGUCAAUACAAUGUUCAACGAGUAAACUUGGUUGUCGCAACGAAGAUUACACCUGGAAGAAGAGCGCCAACCAUUAACGCCUUAGAGGAAGAAGGAUGGGUUGCUGUUAGUUCGAUGGUGGAGAAAAAGAGAAUCGCAACAGUUAUGGACGACUUGACGGAAGUUGGAGCUGCUGACAUCCUGGUUUUGGACAUUGCGAACACGAGGACGGGCUAA